AUGUCACUUAGCCAAAAUCACAUGCGUAGCUACAGCGGUUCAUUUAGGCCAGGAAAUGGAUUUGAAGAAAAUGCUUCAGCAAAAACUCAAAUGAUGAAUACUCAAGGCUCUAUGGCUUCUCUUAUGGGCCAAACUGCUUCAGGCUCAGCAUCAUUAAAAGGGAAACUUUUAGGGCUAGAAGAAAUGAUAAGAUCAAUAACAGAAGAAAUGAACUUCCAUAAGAAAGAAGUCCAAAUCUUAAGAUCUGAAAAAGACACUCUUGAAAAUGUGCUCAACAUGAAGAUUAAUGAUGUGAGGAAAAGCUUGAUGAGCGAAAUCAACAGGGUUGAGGAAGAAAUGAAAAGGCACUUUUCUCACCAAAAGGCUGAAAAUAGCAGACUCCAGCAGCAAAUCACGCAGCUUAAAGGAGAAAAAACUGCUCUGCAACAGCAAUUAUUAGCACUGCAGAGAAGGAUAAAAGAAUUGGAAAGUCAAAUAGGAAGCGAGGAAUCGUAA